GACCCAUGCGAUGCUACCUUUAGAUGACCAGCACAGUUCACUAGUAUGGAGCACUUCCCAUGAGCAUGCAGAAAGUCUUUGUCAUAUGAAUAAUGAUGAUUUUGUGGCAGAAGUUAACGAUGCUUAUUGCAGGGAGUAUCCAAGACAUGAAAUUGUUGACAAAAUAGGAGGGGCGUUCAAAGAUCUAAUGAAGGAAAUUAGUAACGAUCAUGGAACACUUAUGAAUUCUAUGCAGUUGCCACCAGUAGUAUCAACAUUGCAAGGUGAUAAAGCAAAAUUUCCAUUGGGAUUAUCUCAUUGUAAUGAGUAUGUGAGGCCAAGAUUGGCAAUAAUUGGAGACGCUGCGCACAGAGUUCAUCCGCUUGCUGGUCAGGGUGCAAAUUUGGGGUUCGGUGAUGUUGCAUGUCUAACAAAAGUGCUGGAAACAGCAGUUUAUCAAGGAGAGGAUAUAGGAUGUAUUUCCCAGUUAAUAGAAUAUGAGAGCGAAAGGCAAAUAAGAAAUGUAUCAGUUGUGGGCACCUUGGAUGCGCUGAACAAGUUAUACUCAACAGACGCACUUCCAGUUGUACUUCUUCGUCUUUGGGGCUUAUGGGAACAAAUGCGAGUAAAUAUAUCAAGAAACAAAUUAUUAAGCAAGCGAUGAUGUGAUGGCGUCAGAGAAAUUUGUUUGUCUAUUUCUGGACUGUUUUUGCAAUUCAACUUUCAGCAUCAAAUAGAGGAUUUUUCUAUUUCUGUAUCUCCAUUCCCUG